GUCGUCUGUGGUGUGGCCGUGUGGGAGCAGACGGCCUAUCUUGAUCGCGAAACAACCAUCCCUCAUUCGCACCAUUCAACAAUUUACAAAAGUUUCCGCUUUUGAUCUUUGUUUUCUUUCUCAACCAUGGAGCUCUCUGCUUCAUGGGAUUCCCUUCGCAAACAGGCAAGAAAACUCGAAGCUCAGUUGGAUGAGCAGAUGCUUUCAUAUCGUAAAUUGGUUUCCGCAAAAGUUUCUACAAAAGAUGAUGCUGCAGAGAGUGACGUGGAGUCUUGGAUUGAGAGAUUACUAAACCAACUCCAACAAGUAAACUCACAGAUGCAGGCUUGGGUGUCCUCUGGUGGGUCAGAAAUGGUUUCUCAUACUCUGACUAGACACCAAGAAAUUCUUCAAGAUCUCACCCAGGAGUUUUAUCGUCUCCGAUCUAGUCUUAGAGCUAAGCAAGAGCAUGCUUCACUACUUGAUGAUUUCAAAGAGUUUGAUAGGACAAGGUUAGAUUUGGAAGAGGGAGCAGGUUUUGAAAAGCAAACCCUCCUCAAAGAGCAUGCAUCUAUCAGCCGAAGUACAGGACAGAUGGACACUGUUAUUUCUCAAGCACAGGCUACACUCGGUGCACUAGUCUUCCAGCGUUCAACUUUUGGGGGGAUCAACUCAAAGCUCAGCAACGUGAGCGGUCGCCUUCCAACGGUAAAUAACAUUCUGUCAGCAAUAAAGCGAAAAAAGUCGAUGGAUACCAUUAUACUUUCCCUUGUCGGGUCCAUAUGCAUAUUUCUUAUUUUCAUCUACUGGCUAACCAAGUGAGGAUGCUGUUUAUUGUGCUAGGUGGCUUGUGUUUAAACUACUGUAUACUACUUGUCUAUUGUAUUUAGUUGUUUGUGCUAUAUGCUGAACUGAGUCUUUUUUGGGGGGAAGGGGAGGGUAAUGUAUUGUUUAAUUGAUGGUCUACAGAAGCAGAGCCU